CGCACAUGAUUUGGCACAGAAUAUACUCACGCACUACGUACGCUGGCCGAAGAUAAGCGAGUUGCCAGGACGCGAUGCAUCAGUUACUAUCAGUGAAAACCGGGAAACAAUAAAAAGAAGAUAUUGCAAACACGCGUAGAGGAAUGUUGUCGCGUUCUGUGCUUUCGGUGUGGCCUCAAACCCUAUGGAUGAAGAGUCUCGGCUCUAACCUCAUGAACUCGGGAUCCCGGAGAUCCACCAAAACUUUGUCGAGUGACUGGAUGUCAGAGCUCUCUGCCACGAUGCGUAUUUUUCCAGAUUUCAUAACUCCCCAAGAAGAAGAGUCUCUAUUUCAGGAAAUUGAACCCUACCUCAAGAGACUCAGAUACGAAUCUUCGCACUGGGAUAACGCUAUACAAAGUUACAGGGAGACUGAGAAAUCGACGUGGAACAAAGGGAACUCUGCUGUCAUACAGAAAAUUCAAAAAACGGCAUUUCCACCCGAUACCUCUCUUCUAGGACAUGUUCAUGUGUUGGACCUGGCGGGUGACGGAAUGAUAAAACCUCACGUCGACAGUGUCAGGUUUUGUGGUGAUACAAUAGCUGGACUGAGCCUCUUAAGCGACAGUGUGAUGCGACUUACUAUGGUUGGUUAUGAAAAAGAAUGCUUUAAAGAUUACCUGCUCCUUCAACGAUCGCUAUAUGUAAUGAGCGGUGCUGCCAGAUAUAAAUACAAUCACGAAAUCCUUGGUCCCGAUGAAUCCACUUUUGAAGGGAACAAGAUCCCCAGAUCUAGACGAAUAUCUGUAAUAUGUAGGUGUGAUCCCAAGCACAUAGACUAGAUGUUUUCUAAUAUUGAAAGAAUGUGAAAAUAUUAUUACGAAGAAGUGAAUACUGUUAUAUAGACAAUGUAGUGAUACAGUAUAGAUACUCUUUGGCAAGUGGAAGUUACUAAUAAAUAUGCAUUUGGAUAUUUAUGGGUAAUGUGAAUUAACCAUAGAUAAGAUUCUGUGGUACAAGUUUAUUAUUUAUAUUACCAAGUUUGCGAAGAAAUAUACUCACACAACGUGUUUGGAAGUCACGCCUGCAGGUAGAAAAUGAUUUAUAGCGUUGUAUGCGGUUGACUUUUACAGAUUGUUUAUUCAAACAUGAUGAGGAGUAGCUAACGAUUUUUUACUUUAUUAACUACCAUUAAAUCCAAUCUGCACAAGUGUUAUAUGUAUAACUAAUUACUAGCAUUCACCUUUUCAAUAAAACGACCGUCAUUUGAAACUAAUUAUCGUUGACGUAAUUCUCACAUGCGCUAAAUUGCGUCGAUUC